GGUUUGUUGCCAUCAUAACGUUUCCGGCCACGAAGGGGUUACGUUUGUUUGGACGAUCAAGGCGGAUAUUUUAAUUCGUAUCUUUUUGGGUAUACAAAUCUAUCGCCUUUUUUGUAAACAAAUUCCAGGUCACAAAUCAUUCAGUGCAUUGAAAUUUUUGCUUCUGUAUGUGCCACUAAUGCUGGAUGAGCAUUUAAUUUAAAAACAAUUACGAAGGGGUUGAGGAGUAGUAGUGCUGCUUAAAGAUGUCCGCAGAUUCCAAGGCCGACGCCAACGCUAAAGUCCCAAUGAUGGGCAGGUUAACAGAAGCUCCCAGACAAAAUCCCAUAAUAAAAUGGCUACGAACGAAUCUUCUGCUCAUGUUGACGAUCGCAGGUGUACUUCUCGGAAUCCUGGUGGGUUUUCUGGCCCGGUUAGGAGAGUACAACGAUGACGUAGUUGAACUUGUCCGAUUCCCAGGCGACCUCCUAUUGCGCAUGUUAAAGAUGCUUAUUCUUCCUCUUAUUAUCUCAUCCAUGGUGUCAGGUCUUGCUCAACUGGAUCCCAAAUCCAGUGGUAAAAUGGGUGCUAGAGCGCUGAUUUACUACUUCUCAACUACCAUCCUGGCUGCAGUUGUGGGCAUCGUGUUGGUUCUUAUCAUUCAUCCUGGCGAUCCUUCCAUCAAGGUAAAUGUUGGCAUUGGAACUGAAGAAAAGAAGGUUUCUACUCUUGAUGCUUUCCUAGAUCUCAUAAGAAAUAUGUUCCCUGAGAACUUACUGCAAGCCUGUUUCCAACAAGUUGAGACGAGUUAUACUAAAGCGAAACCUAAAAUAUUGAACGUGACCGGUCUAAACGAUUCUGUGAAUAUUGGAGAAAUUCUCAACGAAACUCAUUACAUCACCAAAAGGGAGCUGAUAUAUAAAGACGGAACAAACGUUUUAGGAAUAAUUGUCUUCUGCAUUGCUUUCGGUCUCUUUGCCGGCAACAUGGGACCAGACGGUCGCAUUAUGGUUCAUUUCUUCGUCGUUCUCAAUGAAAUUGUUAUGCGAAUUGUCUACCUCAUCAUGUGGUAUUCUCCCAUUGGAAUCAUGUUUUUGAUUAUAGGAAACAUCAUGGAUAUUGAAGACUUGGCUGUUACUGCCCAGCAGCUAGGCUUAUAUAUGUUAACUGUCAUCGUUGGUCUCCUUAUACAUGGUAUUAUAACAUUGCCAGGAAUAUAUUUUCUUAUCACGCGAAAAAACCCAUGGACAUUCUUCAAAGGUAUGCUUCAAGCUUGGGUGACAGCGCUUGGUACGGCAUCUAGUGCUGCUACGCUGCCUAUCACGUUCAAGUGUCUGGAGGAAAACAACAAUAUCGAUUGUCGGGUUACGAGGUUUGUUCUACCAGUCGGAGCAACAGUUAAUAUGGAUGGCACUGCUCUGUACGAAGCUGUCGCCGCGUUGUUCAUCGCCCAAAUGAACGGUAUCGACUUGUCUGCCGGAGAAAUUAUCACAGUGAGCUUAACUGCCACUGCCACUGCUGCCAGUAUCGGAGCUGCCAGUGUGCCAAGUGCUGGUUUAGUGACAAUGUUGUUGGUUCUUACUGCUGUUAAACUACCGACUCAGGACAUUUCUAUGAUCCUUGCUGUCGACUGGCUCCUCGAUCGAAUCCGUACAUCUGUUAACGUUCUCGGAGAUGCUUUUGGUGCCGGAAUUGUUUAUCACUUGAGUAAAAAGGAAUUAGAUGAAAUGGAUGAACUCGCUGCACGGCAGGAGGUAGAAAUGCUGAAUCUUCGAAAGUUCUCCAUCUCUGCAAGAGGUACCGGUGAUAAAGAUCACUCCAGCAACUUCAGAGAAGAGAGUCAAAUUUAAAAUGUACAAAAUUGUAAGCAAGUUUUGAAAGAUAGGGAAACAAAAAAAUUAAGUGUUGUGUUUUUAUUACUAUUGUUAUUACUGUAUUCCUUAUCUCGAACACUGGUUGAAUAAUGCAAAUGCAUAGCGGAGAGAUCUGUGGCAAAAAGGUUAAGUGACAUAAUUGAUCUUAAGAAAGGAUUAUAAGAAUCUUAAGAAAGAUCAUAAGGAUCUUAAGAAAACCUACGAUAUUUUGGGUCACUUAUAUAUUAAGAGAUUAUAAAUAACACUCUGUCAGUUGUUUUUCGUAUUUUUCUCACAUGGUUUGAUUGAUAUAUCCACUCUUCUAAAUCACAGUCUUUAAAUUAGCGUUUAUAAUCCGUCUAAUGCUGCCAUCUAUCACCCUUUAUUGUAAUCAUUUCAUUGAGUCCAGAUCAUGACUAUGUAAGUAAAUCUUUAAUACUUUUUACAUAUCAUACUCUUGCAAAAUAUUUCACGCAUUUUACAAUAUUGUUGCUCCUUGUGAUGAAAAAAAAAAAAAGUUUUACUCUAGCUGGUCAGUUGUGACAAUAACAAAUGUAUUUAUAUUAUAUGAUAAAUUGCAGUAUAUUUGGAUAUUAAAAUUGCUUAAGAAAGUUGAAAAUUAUUUUUCUAAAGUAAAUUUAAACUUUCUUUAUCAUAUGUAUCUAUUAUAUGUGUAAAAAACACUUGAAUUAAGUGGUACAUUUUAACACUUUCUUAAACAAAUCUGAUUCUAAAAUCAUUUAUCUGUAAUAAAUCAUUUCAGAGUCUAAAAUGAAUUUUAUGAAACAAAUAAUAUAGAAUUUUUUAAUUUAUACCAAUGUUAACUUUUUUUUGCAAUUUUAAGACAUGAUAAUUUCAAAUAAAACGUUCUUUUGUAAUUCUGUCAGGAAAUUUCAAUAUUUAAUAUUAAAAAAAAGAUAACUAACAGCAUGUAAUUUUUAUCUAGAGGGAGCAUGUUUUUAAUAAACAACUUUAGAAUCAUUUCGUACGUGAGUAUGCGUGUAUUUUUCAUAUUCAUAUUCGAAUCUGUAAAUAAAUUUAGCUGCUGAAACCAUUGUAGAAGUAAAUUAGUCUGUAUAUUUCAUCUGUUGACCAAAUAGUAAAAUCCAAAAAUGCUGUCACAUUUUUUAAAUAAAUAUUUUGCUUCAA